AGUUGUUGAGUGUCGUUCACGGGGAACACACGAAAGUUUACGUAAAUUCAUAAAUAUCAUUUUUAUCAUUCCACACCUUUAAGUCCAUUAUAAGUGCUCCUAUAUGUUUGAUAAAUUACAAUCAAUUUAGACAAUUUUAUUGACUAACAAAGAGUUUCAAAAUUAAUUCAAUUCCUUUCACAGAAAUUCACUUAUAUUGCUUCUACUUACAAUUAGUUUAGUCGAGAGAAGUGAAAGUGUGUUGUGAGGGUAACAAAAAGGCAUACAGAGAGUGACUGUGGGGGCGCCUGGUGCAAAAGAAAAUCAAGUGUGGAAUGGGAUAUUGACGAGAAGGAGUGAAUAAAAUAAAAUCAUUUUGUUUUCCAUGCUAACCCCCCAUCCUCCUCGUGUGUGUCUUCUAAAUGAGACAGUGUCACAAAGUUCAGGGUGGCGAAACGGACAAAUAAAAGUCAAAUAGAUCAAUAUCAUUUGCGAGGCGCCAAAAUGACGACACGAAUUUUAUGAACUCUCCACUCUGACCUCAUCAUUAACAUUGAGCUAAAGAGCAACCCCUUCUAUAUAGAGGAAAACCUGCCCGCGCUCUGUUGAGAGAAGAAAAAUAAUGGGCAGGAGGUACAAGCAACGACUGAUUCCCGAGCAAGAUCGUCGGAUAUGUGGAUCAAUUUGUCUGUGCCAGUUAACGAUCGUGCUCUCCUGUGUGGCCAUCGUUUACCUGAGCGUGGCUAUUUAUAUGCCAUCGUACAAAGCUUUUCAAUCCGGCUUUGAGCCCGAGCCCGUCAUGUGCCAAACAAUAAAUACAACCAUGGCAAAUAAUUGUGCCUGGGCCAGCUGUGGGGAGUGGUGUCUGACCAGGACAAGUGGUUUCUGCCCGCAAAUCCACACCGCAGUCCGUCGAAAUGGAACUGAUGUAAUAUUUGAGAAUUGCACACGCUCUACCACAACAAAUUGCCCACAGGUGAAUCCGGAGGAUUUGAAGAAAUACAACUGCAACAACGGUACUGAAUGUUCUCAUCUCACAGGUGUCUUCAACUGUUCCCUUGGACACUGUGCUAAUAUGUCUGAUCUCUAUGAGUGCCAUUAUGGGAAGGCAGACGGGGUGACUAUAGAUGCUGAGAAGGAUAAUAUGAAACUCAAUGGAUUUUUCUACUGCAAAGGUUCUAAUUGCACUAAAAUAAAGAGAGCUUUUUCCUGUGACCGUUUCUGCCCAAAAAUCACCACAACCACCAUCAAUGUCUUCGUCAUGCACAACGAUAGUCUCACGACGGCUGACUGUGAAGUUGCCUUGGCCAUAAAUGAAGCUCGAGGAUCUGAUCCAGGUGUCCGAAUAGAUCCCACGCGUUUUUGGAAUGAAUCCCAAGGGGCUGUUUUAACAAAUUGCCUCGAUGCGGUACGCACUGAAGGACGCAUUGAAGCUUUCGACUGCCUCAAUGGGACACUUUUGCCCGAGGAGCAAAUCCCACAUCCGUGGAUGAAUUUUACAACCUUCUGGAAAAUCUACGAAAACAGCACCAUUCCAGUGGACCCAGAUCAGAGAUUCCUCCCACGUCAGUCCACGCUUACAAUCUACAACACCAGUAAGCUUUUCAUUAAUCUCGAGGGAUGUGUUAAUACCCUCAAGGGGGAAUGUAAGCAAUUUCUCGUAACUCAUGGAAAUGAUGGGGACAACAAUACAGCUCAGGCUAGAUUUCCCUGCUUCUACCACAAGAACAGCUCCACAUUUGUUGUGGCACGAUUUGAUCUGCAGAAAACAUGGAAAGAACUCAUGAUUGCCGUCAUUGUACCAACAUCCCUCUUUGUCAUUUCUCUCAUCACCCUGUGCAUCAUCACGCAGUCCGUACGUGUGGGGGAUGAUGCAAAAAUGCGCUGCAAGUACUGCGUCGAUGGGUCGGAUCAAGAGGAUUCCUUGGGGAUUUCGUCAAAGAAACGCUACGCCGCCACAGAAGACAACACUCUGAACACCCCGAAUUUGGCACCAUCAGUCUCACAGCAAUCCAAUCCCACGGAGUUAAAUAGCAUCUCAUUCGAUUGUGGACAAUCCAGCACAAAAUCCCUAAUUCCCAUGAGUCCCUGCUCGGAGAAAACAUUCAAGAAAUUUGCGGAAAAUCUCGAAAAGUGCUGCGAAUCGAGCCUCAGUGAGGAACCUCCACAAAUUACUGUUGAACAAAUUACACAAAAUGAGGAGAAACAGAAAGAGGAUAAACCUCUAAUGAUUCUCUAACUACCCCUAUUUAGGACUGCUCCUUAUUAGACUUUCUAAUUUAAUUCCAUGAUAAUUAUUAGAGGAAAAAUAUGUUAUUUGUGUAUGUGUGUUAAAAGCUUCAAUUUUCGCUUCAUUUCGUGGAAAAACAUUAUAAAUGAUAAAAAUCAAAAAUUUCAUCAAGAACUAUACGAAACUCUCAAAGGGACCAUCAAUUGCACUCCACCCACUCACAAAUGCCUUUUUCCGUCGUUAUUUUUUUUUUUUCAAACCACACACGAAGAGAAAGUCAAUCAUAACGCGUCCAGUUAUUAGAGUUGGUAUACCACAACGCGGAUGGGUCAGUCUAUGCGUUGUAAUUUAAUUUGUGAGCAGAAUUAGUAGGCAAAGUUGAUUUUUUUUUAUGAAAUUCAUCAAUAUGAAAGAUAAAAAUGCUCAUAUCUGAAGUUCUAUAAGACCUACAGAAAUUUCUUGACUAGUUUUGGAAAGUUCUUGAAACAAGCUAUAAGUUGACAUAUAUAUCAAUAAUUUUCAAGGUCACAUCUAGAACAAAAAUGGCGGAUAUUUGUUUGAGCAAAACAGUUUUUUGCACUUUUUGUCCUCAAGAAAUGGUUCUAGAGGUUUCUGAUGUUUCAGAAAGUUGUAGAGUUUUGCAAAACCUUUAAUUUGAUACCAAAUUGAGCAAAAUCGGAGAGACCGUUCAAGAGAUAUGGCUCAUAGAACUUUUCAAAUUCAAGAAUUUUUCAAAUGGUCAUAUCUUCUAAACGGCGACAUAGAUUUUCUUCAUUUUCGGACUGGUAAAAGAUAUUGAGUCAGGCUACAACAUAUCAAAAUUUAAAGGAAAUCUAUAACAGAUGUUCGGAGAUAUAGGCCCUUAAAGUUAGGCAAUUUUUGUUUUUGAUUUUAGCGCCUCUUGCGGCCAUUUUUGGAAAUUAAAAUGUUCUAGAUAGUUGUAGGGCUUCUUGAAACCUUUCAUUUGAUACCAAGAUCGUCAAAAUCGGUCAAGCCGUUCUUGAGUUAUAUCGAAAAAACACUUUUUGCUUUAGGUCGCCAUAUUUGCUAAACGGUUUGACCGAUUUUCAAGUAUGAGUUAUCGAUGAAAACGUCUCACUGAGCACUACAACAUACUAAAAUUUCAGACCUCUAGCUAUAAGGGAACUGAUUGACGGUAUUUCAAAAUGGCGGAUGGCAGCCAUCUUGGAUUUUGAAAAUGCAAAAAAAUGAAAUUUUACACCCACAUUUCUAUAGAAAACUUCAAACCGGAAGUCUCUAUCUGUUACCGUUUUCGAGCUAUAAGGUGAAAUGUGGAGUCCAGGCCGGCAGGCCGGCAGGCCGGCCGGAUCAAAAAUUUUCCACCACCAUUUUCGUAAUGUGGGAUGUCUAAAACGUGCUCAUACCAAGUUUGAGCCCGAUCUGAGGUGGUCGGUUUUUCCGAUGAUUACAAUACUUGGUAUGCCACGAUUGUGGUAUACCAACUAAUUACAAGACUUCAAGCGAAGAGAAAUUGUAGGGUGUAUUGCCAUCUACCUUUUGUAUUUUUUCUUUUAUACAAAGAAUCCUGACACAAACACUACAAAAUCCUAUAAGACGAUCACGAAGAGAAAAGAUUAAUCACCCGAAAACUCCUCUUCAUCCCUUUUCCACCAACGAACAGUGCAAUGAAAAUCUUUUUAGACCAAACAUUCAAAAUGUCCAUAUUAAUCGUAAUUUGGAAAAUCAUUAUUUUAAAUUGUAAAUGUGCCUUUGUGUAAACUUUUUGUGAAAAAUACAACCCAUAUUAUACAAGAUGAAUAUUUAAAAUCAUCUAUCAGAGCUCUUUUAGUAAGAUUUACAAAUGCUAAUACGACUUAAUAUGUCUUUAGAUCUGUAAAUCUUAUAAACAAAAUAUUUGUAAAAGAAUAUUGAAAUCUAUUAUAAAGUCUCAGUGUUGAAGCUUAAAUGAAAACUGAUAUAU